CGGUCGGCGCAGACAUCCGCGCUGGCAGUUCUCCGCAUUGCGAUCGGAGAACACCCGACGCUCCGAUUAGCCCCAACUGUGACUCUUCCCUUCUCAAUCCCCUCAAUUGCUAUUCACAUUCUAUCGCACAGCUUCACAAUGGCUUCCAUCCGCGCCAACUGCCGCAAGGUCAUGUGUAUCGGCCGCAACUAUGCCGAUCACAUAACCGAGUUAAACAACACAGCUCCCAAGCAGCCCUUCUUCUUCCUCAAGCCUCCUUCCUCCAUCCUUACCCCCGGCUCUGGACCUGUCCUGCGCCCCAAGGGCGUUAGCCUGCACUAUGAGGUUGAAUUGGGUCUGGUGAUUGGCAAGACCCUGCGCGACCUCGACCCCAAUGAUGAGAAGGGUGCGCUGGAAGCUAUUCAGAGCUACAUCCUCGCCAUUGAUAUGACAGCCCGCAACGUGCAAGACGAGGCCAAGAACAAGGGUCUCCCCUGGUCCAUCGCUAAGGGCUUCGAUACUUUCCUCCCCAUCUCCCAGGAGAUCGCCAAGUCCCGCAUCCCCAACCCGCACGAUGCAUUCCUGCGCCUGAGUGUUGGCCAGACCGAGCGCCAGGCUGACUCGACUAGCCUCAUGCUCCACCGGAUCCCCCAGCAGCUGGCUCAGAUCUCUCGCGUCAUGACUCUGGAGAAGGGUGAUCUUGUCCUUACUGGUACACCCAAGGGAGUUGGCCAGGUGAAGGCUGGUGAUGUUCUGCGGGCUUCCAUUGAGGUUGACGGAAAGGAGAUUGAGGAAGGCAGAAUCGAGGUUGAGGUGCAGGACCGCGAGGGUCGUUAUGAGUUCAAGGAGACCUAG